ACGGACCUGACAUCGCCCAUAAUUCGAUGUCGACACAUGCCUCAGCGUUCCAGUAUCAAACCGAACAUCAUUAGUUUGUGCAUAUUUUCAUACUACUGUCUUUGGUACAGUACUGUGGUGUAUUGCAAAGGAAACCGUUUAAGAACCAAACGAAGAAAAUGGAAUUAAACGGGGAAGGACCUAGACCAAAUUGUCAUUCAAAACGUUUAGCAAUGACUAAACGGAAUCGGUGUAAUGAAUACACCCAUGGGGUUGUAGCAAAACGUUUCUUAAGCGGAAGCAAACAGCGCGAAACGGGAAGGAUUUACCUGAAUUUAUAUAAUAGAAAGUUUCGCUUUGCAACUGUUUGGACUAAUGAUUACACCACAGGUUGUGAUGUCUCAUGAUCAUGCGCACUGACUCAACUACGAAAUAUGGCGGCUGACGACUACUAGAGAAAAGUGUUGGGAUCUGAUCAAUUUCGUUAAAAAGCUGCCCUGGAUACCUGCUGCUACAGACAACUUCUACCUUAUAGGAUACCUGCUGCUACAGACAACUUCUACCUUAUUGGAUACCUGCUGCUACAGACAACUUCUACCUUAUUGGAUACCUGCUGCUACAGAGGAUACCUGCUGCUACAGAGGAUACUUGCUGCUACAGAGGAUACCUGCUGCCACAGAGGAUACCUGCUGCCACAGAGGAUACCUGCUGCCACAGAGGAUACCUGCUGCCACAGAGGAUACCUGCUGCCACAGAGGAUACCUGCUGCCACAGAGGAUACCUGCUGCCACAGAGGAUACCUGCUGCCACAGAGGAUACCUGCUGCCACAGAGGAUACCUGCUGCCACAGAGGAUACCUGCUGCUACAGAGGAUACCUGCUGCUACAGAGGAUACCUGCUGCUAUAGAGGAUACUUGCUGCUACAGAGGAUACAUCCUUGUUAUUUUAUAGCCUUCUACCUUAUAUGAUCAAUAUUUUCUGUUCCAGGUCAGUACUACAGGGCCAUAGUUGCACACUGGGUGGACCACCUGCCUGUCAUUCCCAUUGCCUUGUAGAAUAACCACAUUACCCAGGAGCCAUCAUGGGCAGGACUUCAGUCAAAGAUCAGAAGGAGAAAGCAGGAAGUCUCCUUCCUCCAGGUCCCACCCCUGCUAAAGAGUCGUUCAGUUGGGAGGAGUACCUGAAGGAAACAUCAUCUACCCCAGCUCCACCUAGCUUCUUCAGACAGUCCAGAGUCCCUCCCUCCAGUGACUUCAAGGUGGGGAUGAAGCUGGAAGUCCAUGACCCUCGGAACUCCACCUCGGUGUGCAUCGCCACGGUGAUGGGCAUGACGGGUGUGCGUCUGCGUCUUCGGCUGGAUGGCAGUGACAACACCAAUGACUUCUGGAGGCUGGUCGACUCCUCAGACAUCCAGCCUAUAGGAACCUGUGAAAAGAAUGGGGACAUGCUGCAGCCGCCACUGGGCUUCAGAAUGAACGCGUCUUCUUGGCCCAUGUUUCUGCUGAGAACCCUGAAUGGAGCAGAGAUGGCCCCGGCUACCGCUUUUAAAAAGGAGCCUCCACCGCUGUCCCAGAAUAACUUUAAACCAGGGAUGAAGCUGGAAGCAGUAGAUAAGAAGAACCCCUACCUCAUCUGCCCUGCUACCAUCGGAGAGGUGAAGGGGGACGAAGUGUUUGUGAUGUUUGACGGGUGGAGGGGGGCGUUUGACUACUGGUGUCAACACCACUCCAGAGAUCUCUUCCCUGUUGGAUGGUGCUCUGUUACCGAACACAGCCUGCAGAGGCCUGGCAACAGUGUCAACCUGCCGAAGAACCUGCAUGUCCCAACAGCAGCCCACAUCCCCUCCAAGCCUAGCCGUCGAUCCAUGCCUGCUCCCUUCCGGCUUCCCACCCCCCUGCCCCCGCUGCCUGUCAGGAAGGGGGUGCGGGGGCGGCGCCCCAAGAGUGAGACCAUCGCCCUGCUGAAGGCUGUAGCGGAGGCAGCUCAGAACGGCACGGCUCCAGCCUCUAACUCACAGCUGGCUCCCAGGCCUCACAAGAAGAGAGGCCCUAAACCUGGCAGCAAGAGGAAGAUGCUCCAGAACGCAGUGUCAUCGGGUGCUGCGGAUGCCAAGCUGUCAGGGGGUCAACAGGACUGCUUCAGCUCUGUGGUCUCUACAGUGUGUGUGUAUGUGAACAAGCAUGGGACCUGUGGGCCUCACCUGGACAGGAAGCAGAUGCAGCGCCUUCCGGACCACUUUGGGCCAGGUCCGGUUAACGCGGUGCUGCGACAGGUGGUUCAGACUUGUCUAGACUGUUGUUACCAACCAAAGGUGCUGCUCAGAACUCUACAGGCACACGCUGGGGGAGGAGAGGUUGUCAGUGUGAGGAUGGAUGGUGGAGUUCGUCUGGUGAAGCUGCCCUCAGCCUCCAGCGCCUCCUUCGUGCUCCGCUUCCUGGAGACGCUGUGUCGCACGCUGCAGAGUCACUUCCUCUUCAGCUCCCAGCCCUUCAGCCACACAUACACCUACAGUAAAUAUGUGAAGGAGGAGGCAUUGGAGGCCCCAUCACUGAGCCAGGGGAUUAAACGGCUAUCUAGAGACUCGUCCCCCUACGCAGCCCCCCAUUCCCCUAAACUACUGCGCACAGAGGCACACCUUUCAGAAGCAGAUACUCUGCCCCGUGAGGAGAACAGCCUUCUGAAGGAGCAGUGCUUCAUGGGUAACUCCAUAACGCCACGCCCUAAGACGCUGCGCAGCACUUCUGACUACCACACCCACUCCCAGGCCAGCAGCCCCUAUUACCCACGCCAUGGCCCCGGACGCGCCCACAGCACACCACUGCACCGCCUUUUCUCCAACCCUGCGGACCUCCCCUGUACACACACCAACAGAGGAGUGGAAGCCGCCAGCUCCACCACGGGCCCCGAGCCCACGGGCCCCGACAGACAGACCCCCAGGUGGGUGGGGUUGGGCAGGAACCCCUCUACCUGGUCCAUCGAUGAGGUCAUGCAGUUUGUGAGCGACGCCGACCCCUCAGCCCUGGCCCCGCACGCUGAACUGUUCAGGAAACACGAGAUUGACGGCAAGGCCCUGAUGCUGCUGAGGAGUGACAUGGUGAUGAAGUACAUGGGUCUGAAACUGGGGCCCGCUUUGAAGCUGUGUCACCACAUAGAGCGCCUGAAACAGGGCAAAUUGUAGAGCUGAAACAGAAUGGAACAGGACAAACUGGAGAGGUGAAACUGGAGAGCUGAAACACAGAAUGGAACAGGGCAAACUGGAGAGCUGAAACACAGAAUGGAACAGGGCAAACUGGAGAGCUGAAACACAGAAUGUGUAACGGUAGUCCUCCUCCUCUUCAACCGAAAAGGAGGAGUAGUGAUGGAACCAAGGCGCAGCGGGUUGUGAACACAUAAUUUAUUUAAAGACAAGACGAAAAAACACGAACUUCACUAUAACUAACAAAACAACAAACGGAGUAGACAGACCUGGACGACGAACUUACAUUGAACACGAAGAACGCACGAACAGGGAAAAUAGACUACACAAAAUGACGAUGUACAAAAAACAAACCGAACAGUCCCGUAUGGUGCGACAAACACUGACACAGGAGACAACCACCCACCACGAACACUGUGAAACAACCUACCUAAAUAUGACUCUCAAUUAGAGGAACGCCAAACACCUGCCUCUAAUUAAGAGCCAUACCAGGCAACCCUAAACCAACAUAGAAACAGAAAACAUAGAAUGCCCACCCAAACUCACGUCCUGACCAACUAACACAUACAACAAACUAACAGAAAUAGGUCAGGAACGUGACAGAAUGGAACAGGGCAAACUGGAGAGCUGAAACACAGAAUGGAACAGGGCAAACUGGAGAGCUGAAACACAUAUACUGAAACAGGGAAAACUUUAGAGAUGAAACUGGAGAGCUGAAACACAGACAAACAGGGCUAACUGUAGGGCUGAAACUGUAGAACUGUAACAGACUGAAACAGGGCAAAUAGUAGAGCUGAACAGGAGAAACUGUAGAGCUGAAACACAGACAAGAACAGGGGAAACGAUAGAGAUAAAACGGACUGAAACAGAGGAAACUGUCAAGCUGAACCAGGGGAAACUGUCGAGCUGAAACGGGGGAAACUGUCGAGCUGAAACGGGGGAAACUGUCGAGCUGAAACGGGGGAAACUGUCGAGCUGAAACGGGGGAAACUGUCGAGCUGAAACGGGGGAAAGUGUCGAGCUGAAACGGGGGAAAGUGUCGAGCUGAAACGGGGGAAAGUGUCGAGCUGAAACGGGGGAAAGUGUCGAGCUGAAACGGGGGAAAGUGUCGAGCUGAAACGGGGGAAACUGUCGAGCUGAAACGGGGGAAACUGUCGAGCUGAAACGGGGGAAACUGUCGAGCUGAAAGACACAGGUUGAAACAGGGAAAACUGUAGCAGGUUCCAGAUUAGACCAGCCUCACAGACCCCAGGUGAAACACAGCUCACCCUACCACAGAAUGUCCCACAGCGUCCCUUACAGGUGACCCAAUAUUCAAUAUUAAACCUCACCUCACCCUUACAGGUGACCCAAUAUUCAACCUCACCUCACCCUUACAGGUGACCCAAUAUUCAACCUCACCUCACCCUUACAGGUGACCCAAUAUUCAACCUCACCUCACCCUUACAGGUGACCCAAUAUUCAACCUCACCUCACCCUUACAGGUGACCCAAUAUUCAACCUCACCUCACCCUUACAGGUGACCCAAUAUUCAACCUCACCUCACCCUUACAGGUGACCCAAUAUUCAACCUCACCUCACCCUUACAGGUGACCCAAUAUUCAACCUCACCUCACCCUUACAGGUGACCCAAUAUUCAACCUCACCUCACCCUUACAGGUGACCCAAUAUUCAACCUUUAACAGUCUCUUCGGGGGCACACAGCCCCCUCCAACUCUAGCCCCCAGCCUGCCCUAAGCCCUCUUUAUCUCUGAGCUCUCUCACUCCGGUUAUGUUAUCUGUGGUAACAUGCCUCUACAGACAGUGUGGAAACAUGGAAACACACGGUGUGCAUCGCUGACACUACAUUACCUCAUCUCCUCCCCAGCCAAUCAGAGCUGGGCACGCCAAACAGAGAAGGCUGUGAUUGGUUGGAUCCCAAAGCAACAGACUCUCCAUGGUGUUUACAUUGAAUAGCACAGACUGACUAACCUACACAAGGACAUGCUAAGACUUUUUACUGAGUAAUGUUUGAUCCUGCUUCUGGAUCCCAAAGAUGUACAAUGUUUUCUUCUAUGCCCUUAUGUUUUUUUAUUAUUAAUAUCCUGUUAAUAAGGAGGAUGUGUAUAUAAAUGUAACAGUGAUGAUAUUAGAAGCUAAACCUGUUUACAGCUGCAGAAUGUUGUCUAUUUCAAUAAUGUGUCCAUGAUGCUGGAUGAUCUGCAGUUUAAGGUAGACCCUGUUGCCAUGACGGACCGCCAUGACGGUCACUAGCCUCUCAUGGUAAAGGGUGAAAUGUGUUACUAGUGUGAGCAGGUGACUUUCCCCAAUGUAAGAUGGCCAUUGUCUUAAACAGCUAGACGUUAUAUCUAAUGCCUGUCAGACUGACAGACCGUCAACCUCCGACCAGUGGAGAUAUUCAGACAGGUCUUUUGAAACUCUAAUUCCCUGUGAGUGUGCCUUGCUGGAUUCCCUGUGACUGGGAUGUUUGAUGUGGGGAUUAAUGAAGGUCAUGCUGGUAAAAGAGAUCGCCCCUACUGGUGGUGUCAAGCACAGAGGCUUUGUCCAGUUUUCAUCAAUACAGAACUGUCUAGAAAGAUUUAUUUACAUUUAUUUCCAGAAGUUAUUUCAGAUGACAGCUCAGUGAUUCUAGAAGUUAUUUCAGAUGACAGAUCAGUGAUUCUAGAAGUUAUUUCAGAUGACAGCUCAGUGAUUCUAGAAGUUAUUUCAGAUGACAGCUCGUUCUAGUUUCAAGAGUAAAGGGGACAUCAUAUUAAAGAGCUUUCUAUCUAGGUUUCAGUUUGAUAUUAAAGGUGCUACACACAGGAUAAAAAUAAAUAGUGUUGUAAUUUCAGAAUGUCCAUAAUAUAUCUGCAGAAAUAGUGGAAUGAUGGUGUGUUUCACAGUAUUGCUUACCGGCCAGUGUUGGGCUUGACUGUGAUAUUAGCCUCAAAAUGUAAAAGUUUUGACUUUGUGACUGUGUUAUCUAGUGGGAAUCGCCCUGCAAUUUAAAUUGUACAAUGAUUCCCUACACUAUUCAGUGCUUGUUUUCUCACAUAAACUGAAAUUGAGCAAACUUUAGCAACCAGGGAAUUACAAACAAAUAAUUUCCACUAAAUAACACACAGUCUGAAUUUACAAUGCAAAAAUUCUACAAAAAAUCCUGUGUGUAGCGUCUUUUAAUAUUAGUACCAGUCCGAGUCGGAGAUAUCCUCACCUGUUAUUGGUCCCUUCAGGGCUUCAUGUUGUCAGUUGGACCAUUUGUUAAAACAGAUUUAUGGGUUUAACCAUAAGUAUCAGACACAAGAAUGUACAUUUUUGUAGAAAAAUACAUAUUUUAAUGAGAUUAUAUAUAAGUAGAAAUGUGAAGAUUAUGGUUGAGGGAGGGACAAUAUAUUUCAUACUGCCUUUUUAAUGCUUUAUAUAUCUUUUAGUUGAAACGCCCUCAACAUAAUACAACAGAACCUGCCUUGCUUUAAUUUGAGAUCUCUCAGGGGGUCUUAGUUAAUAGAAACUGUUGUAGCAUUCUGUUCUGGGUAUUCUAUACCAUUCUUCUGUGGUUGGUGAGUUGAAGUUAAGGACUCGUUGUGCCAUAAAGCAACAUAAGAACACAAUGUUCUUGUUAAAGUCUUUUAAAGCAGCUCAAUUUACUUGAAAAAGAUGCUGUAAGUCAUGCUUGUUUUAAAAAGUCACACCUGAAAUAAAAGUGUAUUUUCUGUUUAAUAGAUCUCCCAAAUGGAAACAGCUUGUGUCCUCUUGUUAUGGUGUAUGGUCCGGAGCCAUGGUCUCCAACAGGUACACCGUGAGCUACAAGUAGCUACCAGCCCACCUGUGAGCUCGCCAUGUAAUUCUGAAAGAUCAUGCACUUUUUAAAUAUGUUCCAUCACAAACUGUCAUAAACAAAAAUCUCCCGGCUACUAACCAAUCAAAGCCAAAAUUGAUAUUAUCCCAGCCCUUGUUAGCCACUAUUGGCUUGAAAAGCCAAACCUAACACAAUAGCAAUCAGCCAAAUAAUUUCUAGCAAUAUUGCCUCUGUCUGUUUGGUGAGCGCAUUUGUCGAUCACUCAAUAUGUAGCCUAUUAGAGAUGCUAGUAAUUGUAAUGGUCUUGUGGGUAGACAGACUUUGCCCAAAAACCUUCUUAAUUAAAUGUUAACUGCGAGGUAGGCUUACCUGACAAAGAUAUCAUGAUUAUUUGGUUCAAUUGGGUGGUCAUUGUUUUGCAAACUGCCAUAACAUAUGCAGCAGCAGUAGGCCUAACAGAAACAUGUCUAGACAAACACAUUUCUCUAUACAUUUCGCAAUUAAAGGGGAAUUACACAAAAACGAUUGAUUUGUUUGUUUUUUCCAGACAUCAAAAUGUGUCUUCUGAUAUGAUUUUAAGCAUUAACAUGCUCUCAAAAGAUCAAUGUUUGUUGUUCCUUUAUGAAUAACUGUAAUAUUGAAAUAAACUGUGAAACAGAAACAAAAAUCAGGAAAAAUAACAUCUAACAGAAUUCUGGAAAAUACCAAAUAUAAUAUGCCAAAUAGUAACCACCUGCCAAAAAAAGUGUCCCCCUGUGUCACAAUUGGAUUCGAUGAGUUCUAGCUUCGGUUGCUAGGGCUACUAGAAUUUGCUCCAUUCUGACUGGCCUACGUAAUGAACCAAAGCGUCCGUUGUUAUACUGGUUGCUUAGCUCUGUUAUACCUCGUAGCGGUCGCGUAGGACACAAGACGCGGGAAGUUCUAGUGCUAUUUCACCUCAGAAGCGCUCGCUCAGUCCGCACAAAAUGAUUACCUCAGAAUUGCUCUUCAAGGACGGUGUUUUUGACGGUGACAACCUGCUGCUUCAGAGGACUGGAAAGAGAACACUUUUUUUUUUUACCAUAUAUUUGUCUUUAUAUAAGAAAAUAUUGUUCAAUAGGAAUAAAUCAUUUCAGCUGUUUUUAGAUUUGACGUUGCUAGCUACAGUACUUAUUUAGCUAGCUAAUGUACUCAGCCUGCCUAGUCAGCUAACCAUCUAGCUAGCUAGUGUAAUAAAUACCAUUUAAAAUAACACAAGCAUAUUGCUAUUACAUUGUUAUAACUAACUUCUUUUUAAGCAGGGUUUCUCACAAACUUAUAAAAAGAUACAGAGACCCACAGACACACCCAAGGACAGAGGGCUGACUACGCACACACAAAAUCUCCUGCUUAGCUGAACAUUUGAUAACAAAGAACUUUUGCUACAAGACUCAGAAGGAUGACGCCCAGCUCAUCAGGACCAAUCUGAGAAGACAACAACCUGUCCAGAACCAACCAGAGGACCAGAACUUCCAGACUCAACCUACUUUCUGUGUUGUAUAAAAUGUCUAUGCAUUCUGUUAUCUGGGCUUUUUCUGGAGGUUCUCUAUGAGCCGAAGGAACGAGUCCGUAUACGCUUGUACCAGAUAUCUUUACUCAUAAUUAAACUGUCGCUUGUCAUACAAUUUA